AUGCAUGUGUGUGUGCGUGAGAGAAAGCCGGAGCUUCUGAAACGAGCAAAAGCAAAAAGUAGAGUCGUGCUUCUGUUGGUUGUCGCAAAGACGGGUCGUCAAGAUGGCCAGAAGACAAGGCGGCCCUGGGCUGGGAGGUAUCCUGGGCCAGGGAAUAACCUGGGUCGUCCAGUCGACCGACUCAAUCCAAUCGAUUGCCUUCACUACCUCGGGUGCUAG